UAGAAUUGAGGUGAAGAAGAUAAAAGUGAAAAAUAUAAAUUGACCGGCUCAUGACAAGUGUGUGAUUGUGUGAUUAUAAACUUGUCAUCGUCAUCAAUCAAUCAUCAAUUAUCCCCACUCCAAACCCAGUCAUCCAGUAAGGCAAUGCGAAUCUUUCUGAAAACGCUAAGCAGUGAUACCUGCAAGGAAGUGGAUCUUCCCAUAGGAUCCACUACAUUGGGACGCGGUCAGUUAUUGGACUGUGCCGAUAAAAAAGUAUCCAGGACCCAUGCAGCAAUCGAAGUGACCAACAGUGGAGAAGUGAUUCUAACUUCGCUGCACGUCAAUCCGACAUUCUAUUUUGGCAAAGAUCCGCAAUCGACACCAAAAUUGAUAAAAAAAGAUAACACAUUGAAUCUAAAUCAUGGUGAUGUGUUUGGCUUUCAAGCGCAACAAUACAAAUACCAGGUAUUUAUUGAAGAUUUGGUCAGCAGUACGACUACCAACGAUAAUAUCCAACAACAAAACGAUUCGACCGAUGUGGCCAAUGCUGCCAACAAAAAGGCAACCAUCAAUAAUGAUAGCCCUACAACCACGACAACAGCCAAUGACACCGUGAAUGGUUCGACUCAAUCGAAAAAAGCGACCGAUUCUACGGUUGCCAAUGCUAAACAUGCGGCCGAUGAUGAUGAUGAAAAUACCAAGGAUACCGAUAAUAACAAGGAUAAACCACAGCCGGCUCAAGAACAGCCAAAAAAGCGUGGUCGCAAACCGGCAGUCGCCGCUGCUGCUGCAGCAACGACCACUCCUCAAUCCAAAUCCAAAGACGAAAGCGACUAUGAACAAGAUGAUGAUGAGGAUGAUGAUGACGACGACGAUGAUGAAGACGUCGACAGCGAGGACGUCAAUGAUGAUGAUGAUGCCGAAGAAGAAGAAGAAGAGGAGGUUGUUACGAAACGCAAAUCGGCUCCGGCCGCUAAAAAUCGUCGAACCGCUAACGCUAAAGCGGCAGGUCAACAACAAUCGGCUGCCGGUUCGAAUCGGGGUGGACGACCUAGACGUGCACAGAAACAGACCAAAACGAACGUUGUAUCGUUGGAUGAUUUUGUGGCCAGUGAUGACGAACUAUGGCAACAAAGCGAAAGCGAAGAAGAUUAUCGACCAAAUCGUGGUCGCAAACGCGGUGCAGCUGCUGCGGCAAGCAGUGGUUCCGACAGCGACUGGGAAGUUGAACGCAAAUCAGGUGGUCGAGGCCGUGGUAGCAGUAGUGGCGGUGGUGGAGGUGGCCGAUCCCGUAGCAAAUACGUAGAGUCUGACGUUGAUUCAGAUUCGGAUAGCGAUUGGGGCAAAAAGAAAAAGAAAUCGACACCGAAAAAAUCAUCGGCCGGUCGAUCUGGAGCAAAACGAGGACGACAAGCACCUACGCGGAAAUCGACGCGCCGUGUUGCUCGCAGUGAAUCCGAAGAUGAUGAUUUGGACGACGAUAUUGUCGACGAUGACGAUAUGGACGAUUUGGAUCUGGACGAAGAUCGCCAUACCACUAAAAGGAAAGCCGCUCCCAAAUCCGCUCGUUCGAAUCGCAAAUCCGCCGAUGCUGACUUUGUUGAUGAUGAUGACGACGAGGAUGAUGGUCCUGGUAACAAACGCAAAGCAGGCAACAAACGUCCGCCUGGUAGACCGCCUAAACGUGCAGCAGCCAAAAAAGCCAAGAAAACGAAAGACCUUAGCGACGACGACGAAGAAGAAGAGGAAGACGAUGAUGAUCAAGAUUUAGAUGCCGAUGAAAUUGGCGAAGAAUUGGCUUCUGCCACAGCUGCCGAUGCUUGAUUCACAGCGGAUGCGGUCAUGGUGAAUCCGAAAUGCAAUGUGGCCAUCAAACAUGAACAAUUAUCAUAUAUGGGUCAUUAUCAUCAAAUCAUCAUCCUCAUCAUUCAAUUC